UUAGGGUUUGGUGGGGUUUUCAGGAUCCUAUUUAACAUUUCCAAAUCAAACUGUAUGACAUCCUGGGUGGUUUUUUGUCCGCGGUUUGGGUUUGAAAUCAAAAUUCAAUGGCGGUUCCGUGCGUAAUAAAUAGACCGAGAGUAAUAAAUUACAGUAUGAUUAAAAAGUGCAUCAAUGACCAAUUACCAAAGGGAGUAGCUGGGGAAUUGGCAAAACUUAAUGAAACGAUCGUCGAAGAUACCGAACAAAUUCGACUUGAGUACUUAAAUAUUCUUCGAAUUGACAGUUUAUGGAUAUUGAAGUCACUGAAAGUGUUAAGUUUAAAUAACAAUUUAAUUGAAAAAAUUGAAAAUUUGGACACCUUGGUCCAUCUGGAAGAACUAGAUCUAUCGUUCAAUAAAAUUUCCCGUAUCGAGAAUCUUGAUAAGUUGGUGAACUUAGUAAAACUAGGUUUGUACAUGAACUUAAUAAAAGUGGUUGAAAACCUGGAGAAAUUAGUGAAUUUACGAAUAAUCAGUUUGGGAAUGAACGAAAUUGCUCAAAAGGAGAGCAUCAUCUACUUUCGACAAUUUAGAAAUCUGACAAGUUUAAAUAUGGUGGGUAAUCCAUGCACUAAAGAAUCCAAUUUUCAGUAUUACGUGGCGGCCCUAUUACCGAAUAUAUCAUAUUAUCAAUAUAAAAAAUUAACAUUAGAAGAUGUAACAAUUGGAACUGCAAUGUUUUCGGAAACAUUAAAAAGGUUACAACAGAAAGAAGGUGUAAGACAUAGUUUAGAGCUGACGCGCAAAACAAAAGAAGCAGAAAAUGAUCUUCUUGAGAAGUGCUUUGUCAAAUAUUUAAAUUCUGGAAUUCUCUUUGAUGAAAUGUUUGAAAAUGAUAAUGAUGGAAUAAUAUUCCUUGAAAUAGAAGAUUGCAUAGACAAUUUUAACUUAUACAAGGAAAAUUUUUUAAAUAUUUGUGAACAAUUGAUAGAAAUUGGAAAGAAAAAUUAUGAAGAGCGUGAACGAGAAACUGAAAAAUAUAACUCAACUGUAAAAAACAAUAAAGCUGAAUGUCAUAGAAGAGCUAAGAAUUUGUAUGAUAAAUUUCAUGAUUUGGAACAACAGAAUAUCGAUAGAGCUCAAAAAUAUUUCAACGAUCACAAUCGUUUAUCUUUGGAAACAGGUCUCUACAUCCAUAAAUUCUCUAAAGACUGUGAUGUGUACUUGUUAGAAAAUGAUUCUCUAAUAAACGUAACGCGAAAGCAACUUAUGAAGAACGAAGUCGAAUUGUUGGAAAGUAUCGAAGAACUCAACACGGGAUUUGAACAAAUUAUAGAAGAAAUGGUCAAUAAAUUUAUACAAGAAGCACAAUUAUUGUUUACCAGUAUGAGGGACCUUGCUCAAACUUACAAAGAAGAAGUCAAUGAUCUGACUAAAAAAUAUAUUUGUACAAUGCAUACAGUACACUCCUUGUCAGUUUCUCAGAAAUUAUUCAACUUGUUGCUGGAUAAAGACGCUUUACAAGGAGCACUCACCCAAUCCUUUGAUACACAUUUAUUGACAAUUGAUAAUAGAGAAGAUUUUGUGAUGCAGAGUGCACGAUCAUGGUAUACUAAUUUUAUAAAAGAAAUUAAAAUGACAGAAAUUUUGAGGAAUAGGAGAAAAGUGUUAGAAAUACACCAUUUCUUUACAACUAAAAAAAACAAGUUUCAAAAAUCACUCGUUCAAAUAUUUGCAAGAGAUACAAUUACAGAUUCUUCAAGUGACAGUGACCUUUUAUAAAUUUAUUUUAAUUGAACAUAAUUUUGGAUAUUUUAAAAAUGUAAGAUUCAAUAAUAAAAUAUAUUAAAAAGAAA